AUGGCAACGCUAACGAUGAUGAAGGAAGCGUUCAAAUUCUGGAAGACUUCCGGUGUCAAGGAAGCAUCGUUACGGAGAUUUUCGGCGAGACUAUUAGUGCAAGUACGGACCUUUAUGAACGGGCAAUUUUCAGCUUCUACAAAUAUCAGUGUCAGGCAGCUGAAUAAUGAAGCCUUGGAACGGCUAUGCACAUGCGGCCCACAAGAUGUGCGUGUUUACAAAAGCGUCAACGAAGCAUUGUAUCAUGAAGGAAGCUCAGGUGAGUUGUACCCGAUGGAGUAUCUUAACACGUUAAAAUCCAUGGGAAUGCCACCUCACGAGCUACGACUGAAGGAAGGCGCUACCGUCACGCUUCUUCGCAAUCUUGACGUCCUCAAUGGUCCCUGCAACGUGACGCGACUAAGAAUAGAGACCCUCGGGAGCAAUGUGUUUCGAUGUCAUUUCAUUUGUGGGAGCCGUAAAAACCAGCUAGCUGUAAUAUUUAGGGUUGACAACUGGGAAAAACAACUGCCACGAAGAAGGCAGUUCCCUGUACGCCUUGCUUUCGCAAUGACUAUCAAUAAAGCCCAGGGACAAUCCUUCGACAAAGUUGGAGUGUGUCUGCCAGAAGACGUGUUUAGUCACGGACAAUUAUAUGUGGCAUUCUUCCGUGUAAGAAGUCCACCCGGAUUGAAGGUCCACACACCGCAUGCAUCGGAUCUUGUGAAAACCCAUCUAAUGUACGCUGUUCAUGAGGAGUUUGAUGUAAUGCGAACGAGAAUUUCAGACUUGGAGUCGGACCUUAAUCUAUGUAUCACUCAAAAGGCUGUUUGUUUAGGGCAGGUUCAUCGCACUAUGAGUCGCGCCAGUCGCCUGCUCUCUGCCAUGUGCUCGCUCUCUUUGCCACUUGCAUGGUACACUGAGAUCAAUGGCUAG